AUGAAGGGCACUCCUGUUGAUCAGCUCGUGUACGAGUACAUGUUCCCGAAGCCUCGCUCUACCGACCCGCAAAACUUCCACUCGCUGCUGCAUCGGCAUCUCAUCCUCGAGGUUCGCCAGGAGGUGCACGCAUUCUACGGCCAUCUGGACACGCAGGAAGCCAAGUAUCCCGGCCUCGACUACUGCCACCAUAUCCACCGCAUACGGCUCAGCCGCUGGGCCUGGCACCGUCGUCUGUUCCGCGCCUUCGACGGUCUGCGCCUGACGAGGUCGGAGAUCUCCAACCUGACCAAGUGGGAAGGCACGAAAUGGGCCAAGGAGCGCUUCGAACGUGACUCGGGUAUCUUCAUUCGGGACACGGCACCGGAAGAGGUCGGCCAGUGGAUCGAGCCCGAGGACAGGCCGCAGGCUCUGCGCGCAACCCUGCGCGCCCAGAUGCUGGACGACCAGGAGGACGACCAGGAGGAGCAAGAUGCAGCCGACGAUGACAUGGACGGCGAAGAGGAGAGCGACGGCGAGCUGAACAGCAUCGGUAUCGCCCUAAACCAACGACUCCUGGCGCGCCGCGAGGCCGGCGACAUCUCCGAGCCCCUGGACGAGGAGUGGGAGCAGUGGCUGAAGAAUGCGAUUGACUCCGGCGCACUUCCCUUUCUCACAGAAAACCUGCGCCAUUCGACGGACCCUGCCGCGGCCGCUCUCGUACCGCAAGCCCUGUUCCCGCCGCGCAUGCUCAGCGCCGCGCGGGCCGGCCAGUGGGACGAGGUUCCCGAAUUCCUCCACGAUAUGCUUCGGCGCACACUGCAGACCGAGGCUGCUACCGCCGCCACUCCCAGCAUGCCCGAGAUGCAAGGCUCUGCUCGGUCAGCCCGGGACAUACUGAACAUUGCGUCCUGGCGGCGGUCCUACUCUGAUCUCCGCUUGCCGAUAGGCGACGGGCCCACCAACACCAGCUCGGACAGCGUGCGGUACAACCGCACUGCCCGACCCGGGGCGUGA